AUGGCGCCCAGAGUAAUCGUGGUUGGAGGUGGCUUGUCUGGCCUGAGCGCUGCCCAUACCAUCUACCUCGCUGGUGGCAACGUCUUGCUACUCGACAAGAACAACUUCUUUGGCGGAAACUCCACAAAAGCAACCUCGGGCAUCAAUGCUGCCUUGACAAGAACACAAGUCGACGAGAAGAUCCAAGACAGCGUCAAACAAUUUUACGAUGACACAGUAAAAUCGGCGAGAGACAAGGCACGCCCUGACUUGAUCAAAGUCCUCACAUACCAAUCCGCUUCGGCCGUAGAAUGGCUUCAGGAUGUGUUCAAUCUGGAUUUGACUCUCGUCUCACGGUUGGGUGGCCACUCCCAACCCCGAACACACAGAGGGCACGAUGCCAAAUUCCCAGGCAUGGCAAUAACCUACGCCUUAAUGCAGCGUCUAGAAGAAUUGGUUGAGAGUGACCCAGAGCGGAUUCAAAUCAUCAAGAAAGCCCGUGUUUCGAAGAUCAACAAAGAAGGAAACAAGAUCACUGGAGUCACAUAUGAGUUCGGUGGCGAGGAGAGCUCCAUCGAUGGUGUGGUUGUUCUGGCUACCGGAGGCUACGCUGCUGAUUUCAGCGACUCAUCUUUGUUGAAGAAACAUAGACCCGAUACAUUUGAUCUGGCCAGCACAAACGGCACGCACGCUACUGGUGAUGGCUUGAAGAUGUUGAUGGAGAUCGGUGGCAACGGAAUCGACCUUGACAAGGUCCAAGUGCAUCCAACAGGUCUGGUCGACCCCAAAGACCCAGGCUCGAAGUGGAAGUUUUUGGCUGCCGAAGCUCUCCGUGGUGAGGGUGGUCUAUUGCUCAACGGUGAAGGUCAACGAUUUUCAGAUGAGCUGGGUCACCGUGACUAUGUAUCCGGCGAAAUGUGGAAGCAGAAGGAAGCCAAGAAGUGGCCCAUCCGCCUUGUUCUCAACUCCAAAGCUUCCAACGUGCUCGACUUUCAUACUCGCCAUUAUUCUGGCCGUGGCCUGAUGAAGAAGAUGAGCGGCAAGGAAUUAGCCAAAGAAAUCGGAUGCUCAGAAACCAGUCUCCAGAAGACCUUCUCCAACUACAACGAGAUUGCCGAUGGCAAACAAAAAGACCCUUUCGGCAAGAAGUUCUUCCACAACCUUCCCUUCAACAUCGAGGAUACCUUCCACGUCGCCGUUAUGGAGCCAGUCCUACAUUUUACUAUGGGUGGUAUUGAAAUCAAUGACAAAGCAGAGGUUCUAAAUUCCGAGGGCAAACCGUUCGAGAGCCUCUACGCUUGCGGGGAACUCGCAGGUGGUGUGCACGGCGCCAACCGGCUUGGUGGCUCUUCCCUUCUCGGCUGUGUCGUUUACGGCCGUGUCGCCGGCAGCAGCGCCAGCCAGUACCUCUUCCAGAAAGUUAUCACAGGUGGCAUCUCCACCGCUUCUCAGCGUCUCGGACAGAUCUCCCUGCACAUUGACCCUUCGACUCCAGGGAAGAUCUCAGUGGAGUGGGCAGAUGGCUCUAAUGCAUCUUCAUCUUCUUCCGACGCAAGCUACUCGCCUGCUGCAGGAGGCAAGAAGCAAGAGCAGCAAUCGCAGGGCUCUGCUGGUCCGGUAAUGAAGGGUGACAAGGCAGACAGCAAGGAUCCGGGGAAAGUGAGCAAGCCGUCUGAUCCCGUUGAGUUCAAGGUGCCGGAGAAGGAGUAUAGCAUGGAGGAAGUGGCGAAGCACAAUAAGAAGGACGAUCUGUGGAUUGUGGUCAAGGGUAUUGUGCUUGAUGUGACAAACUGGUUGGAUGAACAUCCAGGAGGCCCACAGGCGCUAUUUAGCCAUAUGGGUAAGGAUGCUUCUGAAGAGUUCGAGAUGCUGCACGAUGAUGAGGUCAUCCCUAAGUAUGCCGCCAAUAUCGUUAUUGGACGUGUCCAGGGCCAGGAACCACGGCUGGAGAUAUAG